CCUGUUCAACUACGUGGAGGUAACCUCCGAGCAUUCAAGUCUCCAAAGAGUACGAUUUAUAUAUACUGUAUCACGCGAAAACGGUGCUUUUUCGUGUGUAGUUCGUGUUGUGUGUGUUUUUUUUAUUCCAUUUUUUUUUCUCGAUCACCGUCUAUUAGCCUUUGGCUUUCCCACCUGUUCGCUACCCUUCAAAGAAUCAGUGUAAUCUUAGACCCGUGCCAUCGGAACACAGCGGAUCCGAUACUUAAAACACUUAGGGACUUCGGGUUUUCAUGUGCCUUAUAAGUGUGCGAAUCAAUCGUUCUGUGUUGGAUUGGAAUUUUAAAAGGAAUGUGGUAGAAUAGGUGUGUUUGGUUUGUGUGUUGCCUCGCUUGCUGUUGCUGCUGCCGCUGCGUUGCUGACUUCAAACUCUCCAUUUGAUUACAAGAAAUACAAUAUUUACCUACAAUAAGGAAGCGAUCGUAUACAUUAACAGGAGAUCGCGCCAAAAUGACAAAUUCUUGAUACCAACACCGACUGCAUUCAUCUAACCGGAGAGACUUGGACUCCAAAAGACAGACAGAAAGCGAUAUAGAAGAACCUCGAUAAAUUAAUUGCGAAAGGAUAAUUAGGUGCAAUCAUGUCAGAGUCGACACCGAUUUGCCGCUGCAGGGUUCUGUAUUUGGGCAGCUCCGUACCGCAACAAACCAAAGAUGGACUGCAAGGAAUCCAGGAGCCUUUGCAAGAACUGUAUCCAGAUCAAGGAGCGACCGGGGCCAGAGGGAUCGAUAGCUGGCUGAGUGUCUGGUCCAACGGCAUACUGCUCGAAAACGUCGAUGAGAACCACAAGAAGAUCACCAGAUUCUUCCCAAUCGAGAGCCUCCACUAUUGCGCUGCGAUUAGGUACGUUUUGGUUCCGGAGAAGAAUACAUUGCACAAUCCGAGCCCGAGGUUUCUGCCCCUUGACUCGCCGUUCGCGCGGACCCCCAAUCCCGUACAUCCACCAUUAUUCGCCGCAAUCCUGAGAAGAACAACUGGGAUUAAGGUUCUUGAAUGUCAUGCCUUCAUAUGCAAACGGGAAGUUGCAGCUAACGCUCUGGUCAGGUGCUGCUUCCACGCGUACGCGGAUUCUUCGUACGCGAAGCAGGUGGAUACCAAUGGUAGUAUUUACGGGACUUUGGCUCCAUCGACCUCUGAGGAGAGGUCAGCUAAAGAUAAGGUAGAGGAGUGGAAGAUGAGCAGAUCGCAAAGCGGCUCGUCGAUGACGAUCAACACGAUCGGGAACUCAAAGGACGACAUCAGUAUUUACAACGGAGACGAGAACCAUAAGGUUUGGGUAGGAUCCCAGGACAAUCUGGAUGGGAUCUACGAUGUAUAUUCGACCUCGACUAUUAGCAGACCUAGUCGUCCUCGACAAAUCUCACAGCCGGUCUCGGUUGUCCCUCCACCACCAAUGAAAGAGAAGAAUAAGAAGCGUAACAAGAAACUGUUGGCAGGCUCCAAGGAAGAACUCUACCCUCUGAUGAACGGGAAAGCGAACAGCGUGUCAGGAACGAUGAUGAAACCCAAGAACAAUCCGGCGAUGAUGCCCCAACAGCCCAUAUACAUCAUGGCACAUCCUCAUUCCCAUCCGCAGACCUUACCUAACCCCAAGUUUUUCAAGCAAUACGGGAACACAUUCUCGCACCGUCCUAGGGGCAAUAAAAUGCUGAUCCCGGGCCCAAGACCGAUCCCUCCACCUCUGGUACCUGUGACAUUAAUACCAGGUCCCGGCACGAUGCCCAAAACUAAACGCAACAAGAAGCAACCGCAAGUAAUGGAAGAACCCAUUUACAUGCCCAGCUCCAGAGCGCUGAGCCCUAUCGCAAGCUACCAGCCUGUCAAUUUCCCACACGAAGCAUAUCUAAUGCAGCAAUACGCGACGAUGGAAUCUCAAACGAAAGCAAAUAAAAAGGGCAGCAAAGAAAAGCAGAGUAAGAUGAGUAAAAAGCUAGCGCAGAGCAUGAACGGACUUGACGAACCUCAGAACCUGGACGAGAGUCCCUACAACACUGGUAUUUAUAGAAAAAAAGGUCACCUUAACGAACGAGCGUUCAGCUACUCUAUCAGGCAAGAACAUAGGUCCCGUAGCUACGGCAGCCUUGCCAAUCUAAAAUUUGCAACGCCCAUACCAAACGGGAAUGAUGUGGAAGACAGGGAAGAUAUGAAGAAGGAACGAGAAAUUAUGCAAAUGGUACAAGACUUAGAUUUAUCAGGAGACGAAAUCGAGAGAUCAGAGGUACCCAGAGGAAUGUAUGAAGCGCGUGGAGGACCACCGCCGAUGUUAGUCCAGGGCGGCCAAAUGAACGGAAGAGGACAUCGUAGAUAAAGUUGUACGUGUUAUUUGCAAUGCUACUAUAAUGUGCAAGGUUAUAAACAUAUUUAUUGCAUAUUUACGUAUCAUAAUAACCAUGUUAUUAUGGGUAAAAAGUUAAUAAUUCGCGAAACAAAUUAUCAAUUUCGUUAACAAAAAUAUUAAUGAUGCUAUAAAUAAACGCAUUAAUUAUUUUUUUUUAUAAUGAAGAGCAACGAAUCAAAUAAAUCGAAGAAAAUAACGAUACGUCUGUAAAUAAAUGUUGAAAUU